AAAGGCGCCCAGCUUUCAAGACGAUGAUAAUAAUUAGUCAACUUUUUCCAAUAUCAUGGAAUAGCAUGGCCCGGGGCUAAGGUAACUCCAGUGGGAGAGCCGUGUUAUGGGUGACCUUAUUGCACGGUUCAGAGAGCACUUGUGUAUGUGAUGCAAGUGAACGUGUACGAAAAAGCUGUCGUAAAGUUUCGUUGUUUGUUCCGUCGUUGACCCUAUCUAUGUUUCUACGAUGGCCCAAGAACACGCUCAUUCUUCAGCCGUAGAGAGACUUUUGAAUUGUGAGGUACCAUUACGAGCUCAAUAUAUAAGAGUGUUAUUCUGUGAAAUAACUCGAAUUUCAAAUCAUUCACUUGCUUCAACUACUCAUGCUAUGGAUGUGGGAGCAUCAACUCCGUUCCUUUGGGCUUUUGAGGAGCGGGAGAAAUUGUUGGAAUUCUAUGAAAGAGUCCCGGGAGCCAGGAUGCAUGCCAGUUUCAUACGACCUGGUGGAGUGGCACAAGAUCUGCCUCUUGGCUUAUGUCGAGAUAUUGAUUCCUCCACACAACAAUUUGCUUCUCGUAUCGACGAAUUAGAAGAGAUGUCAACCGGCAACCGUAUCUGGAAACAACGAUUAGUGGAUAUUGGUACUGUCACUGCACAGCAAGCAAAGGAUUGGGGAUUCAGUGGUGUAAUGUUAAGAGGUCCUGGGGUAUGCUGGGAUUCGCGAAGAGCAGCACCUUACGAUGUUCAUGACCAAUCGGAUCUUGACGUACCAGUAGGUACCAGAGGAGAUCGCUAUGAUCGUUACUGUAUCCGUAUUGAAGAGAUGCGACAAAGUGUUCGGAUCAUUGUGCAAUGUCCUAAUCAAAUGCCUAGUGGCAUGAUCAAAGCCGAUGAUCGUAAGCUAUGUCCUCCAUCACGAUCUCGAAUGAAACUAUCCAUGGAAUCGUGCGCCGUGUGAAACGUAGAUCAUCGCCGUUCUUAACCGAGACUCAGGUUAAGCUCCGUCUCGGAACCGCCGUGGGGUUAGGAGUAAAGCAUCCCGAGGUUGGCGCAUCUCGUUGGGCGUGGAGAAGCAUUGGGAACCCCAAUAUCUUUCUUCGGAGCAGUUUCUUUUCCCGUCCCCUCGCCCCGGCAUAGCGCUUCGCUUCCGGUUCUUCGGAGGAAUCAACUGACUUCUCCCUUCUUCAUUGAUCCGGGGGAAAGGGAACCGUCUACCAGUUGGGAAGCUAGACAUCAAGGUUGUGGCUUGAUGAGGAUAACUAAGCUGACACGCCGGAGUUGGCUGCUGGCACAACAGGGUGGUGCCUUACCGCACCGCAGGCGCACGCGC